GCCGCCGCCGCCGCCGCCACUUUUGAGCCGCACCCCAAGCGACGCAACACGCGCGCGCGCGUCGUCUGCCCGCGGAACCAGUGUCAAUUAAUUUCUCGCCCUUCUUUGUUUGUUCCGCGUGUCACUCCGCUCGGGUCUUUCGUCCACCUCCAACGUUUCUCUCUCUCCCUCUAUGUUGCUCCCCUUUCCCUCUUGACGCUCGGCCGGCUCACUUCCUGCGCUACGCGCGCUUUCGCUCAAGUUCGCGCUCCCCUUCCCUCCCCCAACUGCCGUCACACUGCUGCUGGAGCGGCAGCAGCAGUCAGAUAUCCGGGAAAUUACGAGAUACGAAGCGGUCGUCGCCUGUUAAGGCCGCUGCGGUUGUCCCGUCAACGAGAGAGCUCGAGCGGCGAUCGCGCUUCGGCCGGCCGUGGAGUGCAUAAAGGAAGUCAACUGUUGCAAGCAGCGCUGCGGUUUUUGAAAUCUCGCGGCCGCUGUCAGUCGCUCGUCACCACGCGGGACGUCCGAGCGAGUUUACUCCGCUGUGCGUUGGACGGUGCUUGCUUCGAGCUCGGUUUCGCGUCCCGGCCUUCGUCACCGUCAUCGUCAGCGCUGGAAGGAAGAAGAAACACACCCACUUCCUACGCCGCUUUUCGUCGUCGUCGAUCCUGCGUCGGAAUGCCACUUUGAACGCAGCUGGGGCAAGCGGCAAGCCCACCGGCUGUGAGGAGCAGGAGCACACGAGGGGCAGCCGCCAUGGCGCAGAGCCGGCCCAUCAAGAUGGUGGUGGUGGGCGACGGCAUGGUGGGCAAGACCUGCCUGCUGGUCGCAUUCACCACCGGAGCCUUUCCCGGCAACGACUACGAGCCUACCGUAUUCGACAACUACGCGGGGAGCCUACUUGUGGACGGUGUCACUGCCAACCUGACGCUGUGGGACACCGCGGGUCAGGAGGACUACGAGAAGCUGAGGCCGCUUUCCUACCCUGGGUCGGACGUAUUCCUGCUGUGCUUCAGCAUCAGCAGCGAAGCAUCGUAUAACAACAUCUUGACAAAGUGGCAACCCGAGCUCAAGCACCAUUGCCCCACGACGCCUUACGUCUUAGUAGCUACCAAGGCUGACCUGCGCCAAGAGGAGUCAGCCGAAGACCUCGUGAGCAGAGCAUCGGGCAAGAAGCUGGCCUCCAAGAUCAAAGCCUACAGCUACGUCGAGUGCUCAGCCAAGACGGGAGAGCGUGUCAAGGAGGUCUUCGAAGAGGCGGCCCGGGCGGUACUCCAGCCCAAAUCUUCAAAAAAGAAGAAGAUAUCUUGUAGGUUUUUAUAGGCUUGUCUGCCGGCAACAUAAGCGAUGUGUUGUGUCUCACUUAUUUAGCACGCUGUACAUGAAAAAAGCCUCUGCACUUUUUUUUUGUAAAUAGGUACACAUAUCAGCGUCAGUGCAUCAUUCCUCGAUAACUUAGGUACAAUUUACUUAGUGGCAUUGUCGUACACGAAAGUUACAAUAAAAGCAAAGCGAAUCGUC